AUGGCGGUUAAUAUAAUUUUCGAUAUCAGCUGAAAUAAAUGCAAUUUUAGGCCCUUAAAGUAGCUUAAGUCAAGUGAUCUUUCUUGAGUAGCUGCAAAAAUAUCUGUACUUGGUUCUUACGAAGUUUGAAUGGCCUGCGCUGAAGAAUUCUACACGUAUCCAAGGUCGAAGAAAGUUAUGGAAGAUGAUGUGUUAACAAUAGAGGACAUUACAAAUCAUGUGACCCGCCGUGGUGCAUAUAAUGGGGUCAGGAUAAGGGAAUUUGAUGAUGGGAAUGUUAAUCCAGAACCUGUAAAAAGAGAUGAGGAUGAAGAUUCUGAUAAUUUGUGGGAAGAAUUUCUUUCGCCUAAUAAACUGAAAUCACUAACAGGGGUGAACAAYCUCAAUGAUGUUACAUUUCUGGAAAUGCAAGUCAACACUAGUGAUAACAGUCUGGGAAAUUUUGGGGGUUUACUUCCAAAUUUAACUCAGCUAAAGCUGUCAAAUAGCAUGAUUUCAACUGUAAGGGACUUGGGAACUUCCCUUUCAAAUCUCAAGACACUGUGGAUGUGUCGAUGUGGACUUUCGGAUUUGGAUGGYAUCAGUUCAAUUUCAUGUCUUGUUGAACUCUAUGUAGCAUUUAAUGACAUUAGUGAUGUAAGUCCAGUUAGUAUGCUCGAUAGCCUAGAGGUUCUUGACUUAGAAGGGAACUUGAUUGACGACCUGUCACAAGUUGAAUUCUUGACACUGUGUUCAUCACUCAAAAGUCUUAACCUGGAGGGCAAUCCUGUGUGUGUGGCACCACACCCAUCUUCUACUGCUGAGCAAAUGGCAGGAUAUGAGUAUCGUAAGGCAAUUCACCAGGCCAUACCAGGUAUUAAAGUACUGGACGAUGAGCCAUUGCUGAUAGAGAAGGUCGGAGGUAAACCAGUCCUGCGUGACAUGCCAGAGUCAGCUAAGACUGCUAAAGUACCAGAUCACUUGAAAGAAGAAUGGCAACUGAUAAAUGAUGGACUGAAAGCUAUGGAUACUGAACAGGAAAACAAUGAACAGUCCAACUCCAGGCCAUCAUCUGGUACAAGACCCAAAACUGCUKCAGCAAGGCAAAGACCAGCAUCAGCAGCAAGACAACGACCAACUUCUGCCAGGCAAAGGCCAGGAAGUGCAUUUGGACARCGUCCAGGAUCUUCUCUUGGUUCUUCUGGUAGCCAAUCAGAGUUGACUGGCAUAUUUCAGAUGGGAGAUGAUAGCAGUGAUUUAACUCAUGGGUCUGGUGAYGUGAUAUGUGGUAACAUAUCAAAGGCUCUUAAAUCAAGAAGAAAGAAUAUUGAUAAGACAGUUACCUCUCCAUUCUCCAAUGAASCACGAAUACAUGUUCCUGAGAAAAGCUACGAGGAAGAACAUGAAAACACUCCAUCAAAAAAAGAUAUAUUUGAUGAACUGAAAGAGUGGAGGCAAGAAUUUUCAGAGUUAAUCAACGACAAUCACAGACUACCUUCAACAAGUUUUGAUUCUGAAUCAAGUCAGUCAGAAAGUGAAUCCCCCUUCUCAUCACCAAGAAGAACKAAAGCUUUUGAAACAAGUCCCUCUCCACCAACUUCAAACCCAAGACCCUCACUUUCCCCCACCCCUCCCCMUCCAAGUAACUCCAAGAGGCCCUCUCCAAUGGGAAGAUCUUUGCCUAGUGCACCUUUGGUUGGACGUGAUCUUAACAGACCACAUACAUCAGGGGAAUUUCGCCUUAGAAGGUAUAGACAAGCAUCUACAGAACAGGCUGUUGAUACUMUUAGAAGUUCUGUUAAAGACAACGUCACUCUAGACAGUAAUCACAACCAAUCGACRUCAKCACUAGAUUCCAGGCUACCACAUGGUAGCUCUCCAACAGACACUGAACCCAGGUCAUCAUCUGCACCUGUAAAAGCAUUGAGACGAUAUAGAGUGUUACCAAAUACACCUGGAUCUCCUCCUGAAUCCAAAACCGAUAAAAAUCCUCAGCCUUCCACCCAAUCACCUGUCAGUCCAUUGUCACAUGGUAUACGGCCUGGCACUGCCGCCGCAGCACUUCAGAAGCGAAGACUCAGGUCUGACCAAAAAAUGUAGCUCUUUGUCAAAGAGAGAGAAGCCCUGUGGAUUCAUCAGGAUUCCUGUGAUGCGCGAAAAGAGGGAAUGUAGCUCUUUUUCAAAGAGAAGCCCUGUGGAUUCAUCAGGAUUUCUGUGAUGCGCAAAAAGAGUGAAGUCUGAGAAUGAACUGAAAAUCUUUGCCAUCUAGUCGUUUGCCUUAUAGAAAGGAAAAGAAAAAUUAAAAAGUUUCUUUUUCUCGGCAAGACGUGAAGAAAAUCUCAUUGUAAAUACGUGUAGCAUUAGAGUAAUUUUAUUUAAGUGAAAAUGAUGAAAAGGUUUAAGACAUGUAGUAAUAGUAAAGGUGUAACUGGAUUGAAUUUUUUUUUGAAAGUACUGAAACAAUAUACCUGCUAUACAUUUCAAAYAUUCUCUACAAAUAGACUUGUGUAUAUUGAACUUUCCUUUACAAAGUAGUGUAUUAAAGUUUUAAAAGAAAUAAAGUGCGUUUGAGAGG